AAAUUUACUCUGUUCUGCCAGUGUUGUUGUUGAGCUUAGACUUAAGUGGGAGGCUGUAAACAGAAGGAUAUGUGAUUCAAGCAUGUUGAAUUUCAGUUUAUUUCUGAAGGGAAGUCUUAAUUUAAGAAAAAAAAAAAAAAUAUCUCACUGGUUUCAUUUUCUUUCUUUCUUCCAGUUGUGAAAUAUUUAACAGUUUCUGCUUUUUCAGGAUACUUGGCUAGCAGGAGAAUACACACAGAGAAAACAUCAUUUGAGGUAUUGCAGAUACAAAAAGGAGAGAAUUUAAUUGAUGUGUAACUAAACACUUUCCACUAUGGUUAUUCAUCAGCAAUAUUUUUAAUUUCAUUUUAAAUUACUUCCUAAGCUUUCAAACUCAUUUAAUAUUUCAUUAUUUUUUGUUACUUGCACUACAGUAAAGUUGUGUAAAAAAGGAGCUGGCAUUUUUACAGUUGUCCCACAAAGGCUGCCUUUUGAUUUCCUUGGAAUGCUUUCUGGAAUGCAUGUAACCUUUCAUCUUAGAAUGCAUUUCCCACCCCUCUGUAUGCUAACAUGCUUCCAGACUUUCUCAGACACAGAAAUGCUUUAAACACAAGAGGAAUCUCACUGUAGCGUAAAUGAUAUAAGUAGAACUGCUUUAAUGUCUAUGUUUCAAAAUCACAGACUGUAUAAAAAUGUUAUGUUACAAAACUCCGUGCCCCAGAAAGCAUGCUGAAUGCAAAUCAUGCUCUCACGUGGGAAGACUGGCCCACAUGUCUAAUGGAAUAUCUGAGAAAUAGAAUGUUGCAUUAGUUAUAAUUUUAUAUUUGUUUCUCAUUAAAUCAAACCUUAGGUUUUAUUCCACUUCAUGCCCAUUUUUAGGAUGAUAAUGAAAAAAGGGUUGCAAGCCUGAUCCAUCCCAGGCAGAAAAACAAACCACCCUCAAAUAGUGUACCUGGAGGCCUUGUUUGCUGCUGCCUGCCCUGCACAGCCAGGAGGGGGCAUUGCCUGCACGUUGUUCGCCAGAAGGAGCUCCAACGCUCAGGGCAGAACCCGCUGGCUGCGUUUGGGUGCCAAUAGCCUGGAAAUAGUUCUUAGAGGACAUGUCAGAUGUGGGCGCUGAGCUCUUGUAAAGCAAUUGUUUGAAAUGUUCAGCGAGCAGAAUAUUGUGCUUGGUCUCAUGCGUUGAGGAAAAUCCUUCUAUUGCUGUGUGAUCAGAAGCGGGCUCGGUAACAAUGAGCUUCAAGUUUUCUUCAUUUUCCUAUCCACCACAGGCCAGCACAGUAAUACAGGCUUCCUUCCAGAUACAAAAGCUCACUUCCCAUUGGAACACUGAAGUAAUUCAUGAGGAAUUACUGAUAUACCCUGUAAAAAUCUUUAUAAAUAUCUAAGAUUCAUUAUUAUGUUCUAUGUUCCUUUAUUGCUCUGCAAUAUAUGUAUAUAUAUAAUUUUCUGAAAUCAAGAUGUCCUUUAUUUUGCUAUGUAAAUUAAUUUCCCAGGGCAUUAUGCUCAUACCACAGGUUUCCCUGGUUUUGAAUUCAAAGGUAAGAACAGAGUUCCUGAAAAGUGCCAUCUGUAUGGAAGGGGAAUUAAUUAUUUUUGUAAGUUUUUGCUGAAAAUGUUGUUGGCAAUUUAGCACUUCAGUCAAAUUUGCAGACUGCAAAAUUCUUUUUAUAUGGUGAAGCAUAAAGGGACUAACGAUGAUCGUGUUAAGAUCAACACUAAAGAAAAGGCUCUUGCCGGCAUCUCUUCUUCCCUCUCCCAGAUUUUGUAGAACUGGGAAAUUCUGAAGUGCUUUGAAGAUGAGAAUUUGUAUAUAAACAUCAAGUAUUACUGCAGUGAUUUGUUAGCAUUCACUCUUAGUACAUAUGCAUAACAGCUGACGUACUGCAGAAAUCCAAAGUGGAGUUCAAAUCCCACAAACUGUAUUUGUAGCUCUCUUCCUGCUGAGCUAAUGAUAUUUGUAGCGCUCUUCCUGCUGAAAUAGUGCUACCAAUAAAAACAGCCCCAGGGUUUUUUUUUGGGAAUAGGAGGAGGGAUGGUUGGAAGGCGAAGGUGAAGGCGGGGACAUGAUUAAAAGGUGGACAUAACAGCUCUCUCAGCAGUCAGAGUACGUGCUGUGACACGGCAUAUGAACAUCGGUUUGAAGAAUCCUUUCAUAUCUUCAGAAUGUUAAUAUGAAAUGCAAAACGUCAUGCUUUGGAUAGAUGGGUAGGAACAAAAUGUUCAGAUGCAAUAUGGUGCAUUAAGUACAGUCUCCAGUCUGUAUUCCUGGCUUUUCCAUUGGUUUAAAUCAGACUUGCUGUUUUUAAAGUCUCCCGUGUCAUGUUGAGUUACUGCUAUAGUCGUCUCUAAAAAUAAGUAUACUGUCAUUUCUGGGACCUACCAAAAAUUGAGGCUUUGGCAUAAUAAUCUGCAAUUUUUGUUGCACUGUUGAUGUGACAGUGUUCUUUACCAUAUACAUACCUAACGCAGUUCUUAACAGGUUCCCACCCUGCAAAGCCUUUAAAUUAAAUCAGGCAGAUUUUGUAGAAAAGGUGUGUUACACUUCACCAUAUCUGCCAAAUUAGUGGGGGUUUUCCAGGGGAAAGUGGGUAGAAGAAACACUACAGUUUUUCCUACGUGAGGUAUAAUAUUGAUGUUUUUAGCAUCUGCAUGGUAAAAUUUUGGUCUCUGCAAGGAUCUUGUAAUGAGAUAGUGAACAACCAGUAAUUAUCUAAUAGUAAAAGAAAAGCUUUUCCAGCAGUACUUCCCUGCAUUGCACUGGCAGAGGAUGGAAGUUUUGAAAAGAUGGAAAGCCAUUAUUCAAAGAAGAGGCUGGUGUGAAAAGAGAUGUGAAAGGAGGCUAAAAGAGAAAACGUGUUUUUUUCACCUGUUCCACGGUAUUUUGCCACAACUCAGCUCUCAAGCUUUUCUUCUCUUUCUCUGCACCAAUACCUAAUUUGAAUUUUAAAAUUACCACAUUGUUUCCUUCCUAAAAUUGUAACUGACAUUCCUAGAAAAUUUGCUUUCCCAGAAAAGCAUUGUGCGUAGGCUGUAAAUUCAGCUUUUCACAAGUGAGAAAAAGACAUUUUCUUCAAUAACCUACACUGCCAACAUGACCACAAAAUGUGUGCAGAGUCAGCAUUUGUCCAUUUAAAUCAGACUUUUAAGCACAUGAUUCAGUUAACCACCAAAAUGCAUUUAUGCAGGUGUGGGCAUUGUACUUAUUUGAAAGGAUUUAUUCAGUGAGUAGUGUAUUAUUUUCAUUGAGGGAUUUGGUUUUCAAUUUAUACUGCGUAACACAAAACUUCUUUGUAUUAUACACUAACAUUGUGUGGUUUUGUUGGCUUUUGUUUUGUUGUGGUUUUUUGUCAGUGUUGUUGACUUUGUUUUGUUUCAUUUCCCUCAGUGAUAUAUUCUAACCUUUCUCAGUUCCUAUUUCUGCCUCUUAAUCCUAUAAGGUGUUUGGACCCUCCCGAUGAGGAAUUCAUAGAAUCACAGAAUGGCUUGGGUUGGAAGAGUCCUUAAAACUUAUUUAGAUCCAACCCCCUGCCAUGGGCUGGUUGCCACCCAGGCUGUCCUGAGCCCCAUCCUUCCUGGCCUUGAACAGCUCCAGUGAUGGGGCAUCCAUAGCUUUUCUGGGCAACCUGUGCCAGUGCCAUUCCUGUGAUAUCACUCUCAUUCUGGUGAAAUUUGCACAAGCCACUGCGAAAGAGUGUGCUCUGAUGCUACUUCUGCUGUGUGGAGCCUCCAUAGUGUAGGUUUGAUCCCAGCCUGUCAUCCAGAAAGUUCAGAAGAGUGUGGAAAGAAGGAGCUGCUCAAAAGAAAGGAUGUGAAUGUGGACUGUACCUUCUCCUCCUCUGAUAGCUGCUGUUAAUGGCAGUGUGGAUAUGACAGGUAAGCUUCAGCAUGGCUUACAUGUGUACUAAGACUCAUAACGAAUUCACAGUUAAUGCAUGUAGGUGUAGUGGUGUUUGAAGGGGGUGUUUAUACUCUCAUUAGCACUAAUCAGUGUGAUGUGCUAUCCUGAGAGUGAAAGAUACUGCAGGUAACUGGGCAAUUCACCCUCUCCCCUUAUUUUAGGAUGGUGUUAUAGCUGCCCCUGCCACAAUGUGGUACCACAUCAUUCUCUGGCCUGCUGGUGUAGGGAGGGGUUGUGCUGAAGGUGAGAUCACCUCCACCUCUCUGCCACAAUUUCCAAGGAAGUGACAGCAAUGACAAAACACUCAGGCAGCAGUGCUUGCCAGAAGCAACUCAGAACUGUAUGUAACAUUUCAACCCACUUUGUCAUGGCACUUCAAGUGUGCAGAGCAAGCUUCAAACUCCAGCAGUUGGGGAUUCAGAUUACAUGUUCACAAGGAGAGGAAAAAAAAGAAAGAAAAAGAAAGAAUCAAAGGAUAGUUGCAGUGACUCAUAUAAUUGGGAGUCCCAUUCAAAUGCCGAGCAUUAAACAGAAAUUGGAAUUAGUAAUACUGCAGAAAGAACAGAAUAUAAAAUAUUUGCAGGGUGAAAACAGCUUGGCUUUUUACACAGCAGAAUUAGUAGUAGCCUGCUGCUUUAAAGCCUGUACUGUCACUGACACAGCAAAGACAGCAUUAAGUAUGAGCUUUCUGGUUGCACAGAGUUCUGCAAGGUGGGAUGGGGGAGCAAGAGGAGAGGCCUGUGUUCUGGCAGAACAUAGAGGCUACUAGGGAGAAUGGUCCAUUGAAGUCAUUCUCCUUAAAUGAGUGUAGUACUUCUCUGCUCAUGGAAAAGAAAAGGCUAUUGGAGUUGUGUCGAUGGGGGACGUUGGUGCAGAUGAUGAUCCAGGGUGAGAAGUUCUGGAAGUGCUUUGAAGAAUCCUCUGGAUGAGCCAGUACCUGCAGUGACUGCACAGAAGGCCUCGAGGUUUUGUGUCCCUCCACUGAGGUGGUGAGGGAAGUGAGCCACAAAUUUGCUGAUGCUUUCUGAAUCCAAGGAGCAGCCAAGAUCCAGGAUCACGGUGUCUGGCUGUCAGCUGGGAGCAGGGAGCAUUCACACAUGAACAAGUCUUCCUUGGAGAACUAGAGUUUUCCCCCUGUUCUGACUGGAGCUAAGAGGAAAACAGAACUCAAACAGGGAGAAAAUCUUCUAAAUACAAAUUCAAAACAACAACAAAUGGCAGAGAAGAAUCUCUGACAACGCCUCGCACAGAAUCAUUUAUUAGGCCCCUGUGUGCGUACAGGAGUAAGGAGCUGCCUGGAUCCAGAGGGCUGUGAGGACUGCAGCACAGAGCUACCUGUGGAUACGUUUGCUGAGCCAUUUCAGGGACAAAUCUUGACAUUCUUCACCUUAAAACUCCACUGGCACUCGUGAAGAGUUUGAAAUCCAGAAGGAUCCAGGCGUGGAGCUGCAUGCUUGGUUCAUACAGGUCCCGCAGCGCUUGUUGCAGCACCCGCUGCUGUUGGAGGUGCCCCGUGCAGUGGUAGUGGGGCAUUCCCACAGCCUGGAAACCAGCCGCAGCUCUCGUCACCACCAGCAUCUCAGCCAUGUGAGAAACAGGCCCAAGACAUCAGGCAAAUGUCCUUACAGAGCAUCUGAGCAUGUCCAUACUCCUGGCACUUUUGAACAUGAAACUGCAGGUGUGCUGCUUCCUCCUUGGAAACACUACCUGAGACCACGGGGUCUAUCCCAGAUGUGUCUAAAGUAAGAGAUUCUGCUCUGUCUGAUCCCGAUCCCGCUUCCUCUGUAACCCACGAUGCGCUGCCAUGGGCGCAGUGUUACGGCUGCUCACUGACCCUGCACACCGGGGGCCUUCUGCCCUCUCCCCACUGCAAACAGCCCCUUAUGAGAAGCUUCGGCACAAGUGGGUCGGCGCCCCGUGCGGCUCGCACGGCCCCUACGUCUUCUACCGGGCGUUCCGCUUCCAGCGACGCGGCGGCGGCCGGGCGCGGGUCCUCUCCCUCGGCGACUUCUUCUUCGUGCGGUGCCGCGCGGAGGAGCCCGCCUGCAUCGCGGAGCUGCAGCUGCUCUGGGAGGAGCGCACCAGCCGGCAACUUCUCUCCAGCGCCAAACUUUACUUUCUCCCCGAGGACACCCCGCAGGGCCGGACCAGCGACCACGGCGAGGAUGAAGUUAUUGCUGUUUCAGAGAAAGUCACUGUGAAGCUUGAAGACUUGGCAAAAUGGGCCCAGUCCGAUUUCUCCAAGUGGAAGUGUGGUUUCCGGGCUGAGCCGGUUAAGCUGAUGGAUGUGGGAAAGAAUGGACAGAAGGAGGCCUUGAUGAGAUACAGACAAUCCACGCUCAAUAGCGGCUUGAACUUCAAAGACAUUCUGAAGGAGAAGGCUGACCUUGGUGAGGAUGAUGAAGAUUCAAACCUGCUAAUUCUCAGCUACCCACAGUACUGUCGCUAUCGUUCCAUGUUAAAGCGCAUUCAGGACAAGCCUUCUUCGAUACUAACAGACCAGUUCGUUUUAGCCCUGGGUGGCAUUGCAGUAACAAGCAAGAACCCCCAAAUCUUCUACUGUCGGGAUACAUUUGAUCAUCCAACCCUUAUAGAAAAUGAGAGUAUAUGUGAUGAGUUCGCGCCAAAUCUUAAAGGCAGACCACGCAAAAAGAAGCCUUGCCCACAGAGAAGAGAUUCAUUAAAUGGCAUUAAGGAUUCCAACAAUAAUUCUGAAAGCAAAGCUGUUGCCAAGGUAAAAUGUGAGUCUAAGUCAGCUUUGCCCAAACCCAAGAGUAACAACAGCAACUGUAAAAAAGGCUCAAGUGAGGAUAAAUCAAAGAUUGCCAUAGGUGAAGAAUGCAGAGCUGAUGAGCAGGCUUUCCUUGUGGCACUUUAUAAAUAUAUGAAAGAAAGGAAAACACCAAUUGAACGAAUACCCUAUUUAGGUUUUAAGCAGAUUAACCUUUGGACUAUGUUUCAAGCUGCUCAAAAACUGGGAGGAUAUGAAACAAUAACAGCCCGUCGACAAUGGAAACAUAUUUAUGAUGAAUUAGGUGGUAACCCUGGAAGCACAAGUGCUGCUACAUGUACUCGCAGACAUUAUGAAAGAUUAAUCCUGCCGUAUGAAAGAUUUAUUAAAGGAGAGGAAGAUAAGCCACUGCCUCCAGUGAAACCUCGAAAACAGGAUAACAGUUCCCAGGAGGGCGAAGCGAAAACAAAAGUGUCUGGAACAAAACGCAUCAAAAAUGAAAACCAAAAGAGCAAGAAGGAGAAAGAUAAUGCUCAGAAACCCCAAGAUGCAUCUGAGGUUUCUUCAGAACAAGAGAAGGAUCAAGAAUCAGCAGACCAGAAAAAUUUUGCAGAGCAUCCUACAGCAGGAGAGACGAAACAACCCAGUCAAGCACCUCCACCUCUUUUGCCAGAGGCAGCUCGGGCACUGCCUAUGGAAAAGACAGACAUGACAGAAAACAGCUCAAGCAGUGAGAAAGCCAAGGAGGAAGUUCCUCAUUCGUCAUCUUUCUCAAGUGUUUCCAUGCCCCUGGAUGAAGAUACCGUGCUGGAUGCCACUGUCACAAAACAACUGCACUCCUCAGCAGAUACCCUGGAAGACACAAAGCCAGAACGAAGGAUACACAAAGCUUUUACUGAGAGCUUAGAAAAUGAACCUCCAGAAAUGCCCUUCUCGACUUUCCCAGUCCAGCUGCCCACUCAAAGUGAUAUGGAAGAUGAUAAAUUGCCAGAGAUGGCUGAUUACAUUGCGAACUGCACGGUGAAAGUAGAUCAGCUGGGAAACGAAGAUAUCCACAAUGCACUGAAGCAAACGCCCAAAGUACUGGUGGUCCAGAACUUUGACAUGUUCAAGGAAAAAGAGCUGCCUGGGUCCAUGAGUGACGACUCCACUUUUGGUUACACACCACUGCUCUACUCAAAGGGUAAUCCGGGCAUUAUGUCACCCCUGGCAAAGAAAAAGCUGCUGUCACAGGUCAGUGGGGCAGCCUUAUGUAGCUAUCCUUACGGUUCUCCUCCACCUUUGAUUAGCAAAAAGAAAUUGAACAGCAGAGAUGAACUGUCAUCAAGCCUAUCACAAGGUCCCCACGUCCCUAAUUCUGAUCCCAUAGCAAUUAAUAGGCCGUCGGUCAUACAACACGUGCAGAGUUUUAAAUCCAAGGAAGAAAGGAAAUCAAUUAAUGAUGUUUUUAAACAUGACAUGCUAAGUAAAGCGGAUCCUCAGCGCUGUGAUUUUUCACAACAUCACCUCAGUUCUCUUGCUGAGUCGUAUGUACCGAAGACAGAUAUCCAGGACUGCAAAGAUAAAAUGAGUGAGAAAAGGGCACUGCAGCACUCCCGUGUGCCCACUUUCCUGGCAGAUUUUUAUUCAUCACCUCAUCUGCACAACCUUUAUAGGCACACAGAGCACCACCUUAAUAAUGAACAGACAUCAAAGUACCUCCCCCGGGACAUGUUCAGAGAGUCUGAAAAUAUUUCUACUUUUACUCAACACAAACACCAAGAAAAACUAAAUUUAAAUUAUCACCCGUCUUUGCAUCAGCAAGAAAAAAAGGCGGCAGUGGAAGCCUCUUCAGAUGAUCAGCCAACAGAUUUGAGUCUUCCAAAGAGCAUACACAAACAGACUGCAAAGGCUCCAGGCUCCGGUCUCUCUCACUCAUCUAUGGCCCAGCAAGAAGGCAAAGGUAUCUCCCUGUUCCAGUCUGCGAGCAGCCAGGCGGUGAGCCUAGACUGUAACCCCAAAGCUUGCCGUGUGUCCCCCAUGGCCAUGACAGCACCUAAAAAACACAGCGAGUUACUCCACAGGUCCGGGAAGCAGCAGGCACAGAGACUGGAGAACCUGAGGAAGAUGGAGGGGAUGGUGCAUCCUAUCAUUGGCCGCAGAAUGAGCCCUCAGAACAUCGGGGCUGCUCGGCCUUUGAAGCGGGGCCUGGAGGAUUUGGACAAAGUCAUUUCCGAAAAAAAAGUCCGAGCUGUCUCUCCUCUGCACUUACCAAAGGAGACCUCGGUGAAAGAAAAGGUACCCGAUGCGGAGGGGGAAGGCAGCAAGUCGCUGCAUGGGCUGCAUUCAGGCAGCGUGCUGGAGAGCCACAAGUUUCCCCUCUCAGCCCCAAUCUUCCCAGGCUUGUAUCCAGGAACCCUGUGCGCAGGGCUGAACAAUCGCCUCCCACCUGGGUAUUCCCAUCCUUUACAGUACUUGAAAAACCAGACCGUGCUCUCCCCAUUAAUGCAGCCUUUGGCUCUCCAUUCCCUCAUGGUGCAGAGACAAUUCCUCACAUCCCCUGCAAAUUCUCAGCAACUGUAUAGACACUUAGCCGCAGCAACACCUGUAGGAAGCUCGUACGGUGACCUUUUGCAUAACAGCAUUUAUCCGUUAGCUGCUAUAAACCCUCAAGCUGCAUUCCCACCUUCCCAGCUGUCCUCCGUACAUCCCAGCACAAAACUGUAAAUCCCCUCACUCACAAAAAAACGGUCUGAGGAGAGCAGUUCAGUUAGCGACAUUCCUCCCCCUGUGAUGAUGUCUUGCAGAUCUGUAUUGCUGUAAGCCAGGAUGCCGUCAUAUCCCGCGUGGCGGAAAGCUUUGGAGUGUGAUCGAGACAGGACUACUUCUUUAAUUCUGGCCCCACGCCGGUCCCCCCUCCCCUCACCCCUGCCCUGGCAAAACAACAACAACACACACACUCAAAAGUUCUUUGGAUUUUGCAUAUGUGUUUUCUGAAAGUACUUGUGUCUGGUAGGAGCAAAUGUUCAAAGGGAGCCGUGGAAACGCAGGCCCAGUCCCGAGCUCACUGAAAUGAGAGGCGACGUUUGCAUUUGCUUUUCAUUGAGCCAGGGACCAGAGGCCGAGUGUUGUUGUAAAUGAGUCGAGGACUCGAGAUGAACUUGGCAAGGAGAAGAGGGCCGAGAACCCCCAGGAUCAGUGGAUGUGCUGUUUUGGGUAACUUUCCUGACUUUUAAAGAUUCAAUCAAUGCAAUGUAUAGUAAAAUGGCAAUAGAUUUUUCAUUUUAACACUAUUAGAACAGAAGGGUAAACACUGAUUAAUUUGACUGUACAUAUCCACCUCGUAAACUACCAAUGUCACAUUUGGUCACAAUAAUUUAUAUAGUUUUGUUUGUCCAAUAUACUCUGUACUCUUUAUGUUUGUUUCUUGGUUUGUUUUGUUUGUUGUUUUUUUUUUUUUCUAUUUUUUUUCUUUUUUGUUUUCUUGGGGUUUUUUUGUUGGUUUUUCUUUUUAAAUUAAACAUUAUCAUUUUAUCUUCAACUUUUGUAAAAGGCUGUGGCUGUCCUAAUUUUUUUAUGUCUGUAAUUCUUCCAGCUUCUUCAUUCUUCUGAGCAGCGUUUUUGUUUCGUUUUUGUGGUAAUGUUUACUGUUUACAAACUGAAGCAACUGGUUCACAUUCAUCUUAAUGGAUACAAACGUACUAUAGGUAAUAUUAUGGUGCAAGGGUGCAAACAAGGUUCCUUUCCCUAUGGCCUGACCCCGCAGGUGCUGAGCACCUCUCACUUUCCUGAUGCUGUUGUGGUGGCUCGUGCUGCUUUUCCCUCCCAAAAUGAGCUUUGCUUUCCCAUAUUGUGGUCCGUGAAUUUGUCGAGAGUCGCACUUAGCUAACCCAGGCUGUGAAACCCUCCUGUGUACCAGAGAUCUGGAAAACUAAACCUCACUGACACAAGAUGGUGGAUGGCAGAGAUGUCCAGAACACAGAUGGGAGAUUUGUGAGAAUGGUAAGAAUUUCAGCAAUUAGGACAGCAGUCCUAAUGGUCUGAACCGAGGGUGUGCAGGUCCUAUGCCGCGGGCAGGGCUUGGUGGGAUGGGUGGGGGUCAUGCAGCGGAUGCCAUGCCACUGGGCACAGCUGGCACCCACGGGCUGGGUUUGUGUGGAUGGAAUCUGGACCCUGAGGUGGCAGAGGAGCCGAGUACUCGUUGGGAUGGUCCUGGCACUUCCAUGGGGACCACGUCCCUCCCUGAGCAUCUGCCAGAGAGUGAGAGCCGGGCACAGAGAGGCUGGGUUUGGUAAUGAAAGAGCUAUCCUGUGGCUGCAUGUUCACACUGAAAGACGUCACCACCAUGCAGCUGAGUCUAGACAUUGAUAGAGGAGUGUGGCUUAGAGGCUUUUUACAAUGUGAAAAUUGGUUGCGAUUCAGACCAUCUCAGUUUACUGUUCAGAGACAGCAUAAUUGAUGUGAAAACAAAUAUGGAAACUACUAAGAAACACUUUGCAUGCUAGGCAUGUCAUUAAAUUUUCCCGUGAUAUGAAGCCAAAUACAAUAUAUAAUGUAUCAUAGUUAAUAUCCAAAGGUGGAAACCAGAAUAAUAUACUUGUCUACUGUUAAAGAUCCAGCUUCUUCAAUUCAAUACUUUAUAUUCCUGUGGUAAAACUAUAUUUAAUUGAUCAAUAAACAGACUAGUAGAACUUAGAACAUGGAUGUGCCACUGCAGAGCAUCCUGCUGAUCCACGGAUCUUACAGGAACAGAACCACAGGCUCAGCUGGGCAGAGGCCAUAAUGUCGAGGACAUCUCUAGUAAAGUUGCACUAGGUCUGAAUUGUGAGAAUCAGGGGCUUGGGGAUGGGUGGGAGGAGGGAGGGCUGGGGGGCAGGGGGAGAAUAUGAGAAACUACAGCAAACACAAAUAGGAGUAGUGUGUUUGGCAAAACAAGCAUUUCUCUUCCUUGUUUUGUUAAAUCUGUGUGCUGGGUUUGUGCAUUUGUUUAUGCAGUGUCCGCUUUCCCUUUGGUUACGUCACGUUGGAGUUUGGUCGUAGCCUUUGUGAAGCAGAGCUAAUGCCGAGCGGGGUUGGGGGGGGAGUGUGGGGAGGAGGGCUUUGCCUCCCCUGGGAGGAGACCAUCCAGGCCCCUCCUGGCAGGGAGGCUCGUGUGUGCUGGGUGAGACAUCGGGACAAAUGAAAAGAAAUGGUAGCGUAAGGCCCCAGCAGAAGGGGUGCGUUGUUUGUUUAAGAACUCUUAAGAUAAAUCUUGGAAGUCUUUCAAAAGGCUAUUGAAUUCUCCAUUGGCUGAAAGACUUUUUUUAUGUCUUAAAUGGGACUUUGUUUGCAUUGUUUGAGUUCAAGGGGCCUUAUUAUUGAAUGAAAUUGCACAAGCCUCUCUUUGUGCAAUCAAACCAUUGUUAUUGAUAGGUUUGUAAAGGAAACUGUGGAAUCUAAUUGGCAAUAGAGUCAUAAACUUAUUUACCAAGAGCCAGUUCCAAGAAAUGUUGCAAGCCGAACGCACUAUGUCCAGCAUUCAUUAGGGAUGCUAAAGGUUGUGAGAUGAUGUGACGGCCCAGCAGCCGCAGCUCUCGCGUGCCUUCUGGCUGCGGGCUGGGCUUGCCUUCACCAAGCAGAUCCACAGUAGCACCUGGCUGUCAGUACAGCGCACUCCCAGCAAGGGUGUAGGUGAGUGAGUGAGGAACACUGCAAGUCAGCCUGGCUGUGUGAGCUGCUUCCUUGGUGUGCCAGUGCCUGGGAAGUCGCCUGUUGUAGCUCAGGACAAGCUGGCUUGGCAGCGCAAGGUGGUGGUGGGCCAGGAGGGCCGUGCCUCCUAUGCUGCGAUGCUCACAGGGCUGCCAGGAUGCUCCUUCCCACACUGUCCGCUCACCCAGUCGUCACGAUUUUAGUGAGAAACAGGAAUUCCUGCCCUGGUGCGAGGCCCGCAGCGUGAAAACUGUAACAUGAGCACUUAACAGUGGUGUUUGCUGUAAAUGUGGUCGAUACAUCACUUGUUCUCUUCCUCCUCCCGCCCUCCUCCCCCAGACCCAUAGUUUUAAAUAUGUUCUAAUAAUGGCAGCAUACUCUACUAGCUGUUUAUACUUUUUUAACUUUCUUUUGUUGUAAAUAUUGUAUACUUUUUGUGAUUCAAGUUAUGUAGCCUAUAUGCUCUGUAAGGUGAUGAUUUGUAUAUAUAAAAAUGGCCCAGUAAUAUUAUAUAGUUUCCCAUUAUAAAGGUUAUUGAGUAACCUUUGUGUUAGUUUAAACACUACCAGAAAUAAAGCUGAGCCAACUAUAAACACUCAAUUUUUGUAUGUUUUCCAAAUUGUACUUAUUAAUGCUUUUGAUACUGUAUUAUGUGCCAAUAGUUUCCCAAUCACAUAGCAGGCAAAAGAUAUUUUGUACUUUUUGAUCCACUGUAAUAUUUAAUAAAAAAUGUUACUAUCUGUUC